AUCCUUGAAUAUUUGUCCGACAUAGCGCUACUUCUUUCAACGUCGGCCAUACAGAACGACAGAACGUCCUCUCGAGUCUCUCGGGAGGACGUCGUGCUGAGUGCCAGCGCCUACACCGGCCCCGAGAAAACGUCCAGUGCGAGUCAACCGAGAGAGUCGGUGAACUUCCAAAAGACCGUGCCGGCUUUCCAACUGGAAAGCUCGAAGAGUACGAACGGUUACGACAGGGAGGAGACCAGGUUCGUAUUCAGAGACACGAGCCGCGACGAGUCUAUCGACGAGCUGACAUCCUCGAAGCACGUGGCCCAUAUCGACGGUAAUAACAUCGAGGUGAAGCCCGGCGAAUACUACCAAAUCGUGCCGACUGCGAGCGAGUCGAUGUCGGGGGAAGGACGAGGGGCUCCGCGGAGGCCAGGCCUCCUGUCGGAGCCCCAUCAGCUGGUCGGCGCGCCGAUGCCACGAUCACGACAUUCACCGGUAACGGAUCCGCAACGGCGGGCCCGUCAAGAGAUCCCCAGGAUCUAUAGCGAGCACGCGCCGCCGGUGCUGCAGACCGCCGCGCCGGGUAACAGGCAGGCGAAUCCCGACAUACAGGACAUCAUCACCGGCAUUGUCAAGCUGCUAAACGGCAACGUCAACGUGGCCGCCAACACCGUGAGACCGUUGAGGCCGGUCCAGGCGACAAGGAUUAACAAUCGGGGACCGCCGAGGAUCUCGGACGUACCGCCGUUACCGCCGGAUUUUGACACCCCGGGUAUGAAUCCGCCGCCACCGCCGCCGCCCACGUCCUCCCAUCCUUAUCCGUUUGAAAAACCACCCGCGCCUGACAGGCCGCUGCUGAAUCAGCUGCCGCCCGAGAGGCCCGUCCGACCGUUCAUCAGCGGUGUGCCGGUACCAGAGCAGAUCGUGCCGCCUUGGAACUGGGAUACCUCCCACGGUGGAAACAGGCGACCCACAUUGCCUCAUACCAAACCCUUGUCGCCGCUCUUAGAUUCCAGCUUUCAUCGUGACAAGAACUUCUCGAUGACGGAGAGCUCGCAGCACGACUUGAAGCCGGAAUCCGAGACACCUCAGGAAAGCUCGACGAAGAAGAAAGACGCCAGUCAUCAGGGCGCGCAUGUCGACGACUAUGACAUCAAGAAUCACGCGAGUAAUUUUACUGACGACAAGGACCGAGUCGAACCUGCGACGACCGUCGAUGACUCAGCCCUUCAGAACGCGACGAAGAAACCGGAAGUCGAGGAGUCGACCACGAAGAAGACUCACAAGCACCAUCCACCAUCGAAGGACAACAAGGUCAACGCUGAGGAGACGCUGAUCCUCGGCGUAGCUACCGACGACAUCGCUCCAACUCCCUCGACGCGGUAUCAAGCACCUUCGAAGACAGCAACGUCGUCGUCGGUGAACGGUCAAACUAAAGCUACGAAAUCGUCGAAGAACGAGGACAAAGCGCCUUCGACCGCCAAAGGUGAGAAAACCGUCUCGGCCACGAAGACCUUCUCUACCAGCACCCUGAACAUCGAGACCAGUUCGUCCGUCCAAGUGAUCGAAUCCACACCAACGAAGAUCGUCCUCCGGCCGACUACGGAAUCAAGUGCCAAUUCCAAGUCUAGCGUGGUGAGUUUGGAACCCAGCAGAAUACCGGACAUCGAGUACAUAGCAUCGACGUCCGGCGUCUCGACGCCGACCGAAGGUCUUCCCGCUAGUUACUCGAAGAGUUCGACCACGAUAGAGAAGGGUGCCGUUCACCCUGCGACUUCGAUUUUCACGAAAAAUACAGGAUCCACGGAACAUUAUCGACCACGGCCUGGGAUUGUCCUGGAUGACACUCUGGAUUACACCGGCGCCCAAGGAUUGCCGAGUCAGAGGCCUUACGCACCCUCGAGACACCCACCUAUCGGUGAUGUGUUCGAUGUGACCGUUUCGGCGAUUCAGGGACCCGGAGGAAGUUCCGGGGACAGCGUCAGAGUGUCCGUGAACCCCGGCGGCGGUGAUGUCAUAUUAACCUCCGCUGUAGGCGGGCAAGGUUACGUGAGCAUCGACGGUAAACGAACGUAUUUGAAUCUGUUUGAUAACACGGACCGGACACCGACGGGACCCACACACGUACAACCGCAGCCGACCAGAACUCAACCGCCGGCCAUCAUCGGUACCGGCCUGGCAAUCCCGCAACCGGAUGCUCCUGUCGCCACUUCACGCCCAAAUGGACCCAAUCGGAGGCAACCACCAUUAUAUCGCAGACCGACGCAGCCACCUGUCAGAAUAGACACUUGCAUCGUGGGCGACACGAGUACGUGCGACGCGAGCCAACACGAGGCCUGUGCGACCGUUCAAGGGGUAUCGGCUUGUCACUGCAAGCCGGGAUACGCGAGACUGCAGCAUUCGUUACCGUGCAAGAAAAUCGUCAGUAUCGUCGUGUCGAUCAGAGUGGACAAGUUUUACGAUAAGAAGAUCGUGUGGGAUCGGGGAUUGGCCGAUAAAGACUCGGAAUCUUAUCAGACUCUCGCUUAUGAGGCGAACAGGGCUGUUGAGUCCGCCAUGUCCAUGACACCGUUCUCGGACGAGUACAUGGGAUCGCAGAUAAACAACGUGUACCAGGGAGACGUGAGCCAAGGGCAGGGAGGCGUUUUCAUAAACACGACUCUGAAGCUCACUUAUGAACCGAGAACGAUCAGGCCGAGUCUGGCAGGCGAGCUUCAGAGGCACCUGUUAGGUGUUAUUCAUAGAAGGAAUAAUAACAUCGGCAACAGCGCUUUGUACGUGGACAGUCCACCCGGGUCGAUAUCGAAUCUGCAAGAUUUGGACGAAUGCGCUUCGUCAGAGUUGAACGAUUGCCACUCCUCCGCGAGCUGCAGCAAUACCUUCGGAGGUUUCAUAUGCAGCUGCAAUCCAGGACUGAAGGAUCCUCACAAGGACGAUCCUAACGAGUCCGGUAGAUCGUGUUUGUCGUGUCCCUCAACUUAUUGCAACAAUCGUGGCUCGUGCUCCUACCAAGGCGACCAGAUGCAGUGCGCGUGCACUGGAAACUACUACGGCGCUCAAUGCGAGGUCGACGGUGAAGUUUUGGGCGUUGCGAUAGGCGCAUCCGUGGCUGCAUUAAUAAUCAUAGUGUUGACGCUAGUCUGUCUCGUUAUGUGGAGUCGAAGGUGGUCUCGUGAACAAAAGUCCGUAGGAUCUCCGGUAUACGGUUACAUUCAAGGUGGGAUACCCGGUACUCUCCCAGGGACCUUAGCGAGGGUUGGCUCUGUGGGCACUCUGGCGUCCGUAAAACAAGGACCGCCGACUAAUCUGCCUCCUUACAUGUGGGCCCACUUCGGGGAGCACAUGGCCACGGCGAAUGUCUACGCGACCGAGCCUAUGGGCCCGACGCGACCGAGCUCGGCGAUGUUCGGUUACCCAUCCAUGAACGUCCACGGCACACUGCCUCCGGUCCCAUUACCGCGUCUGCAGGCUCCGCCGCGGCCCCGACAGAGACCCCAGCCCGAUCCGGAUAGCUCGGAUUCCGAGCCGCAGGAUAAGGAUAGAGCCGACCUAAUUCCGCAGAACAGCGGUUUCCACGUGCCCAGGCCGAAGUCAAGGUCCUCAUUAGCGAACCAAAGCGGCAUUUACAACGACGUGGAGUACGAUCAGGGUGACGUUCAUCACCUGUCGAAGAACAACAUCCCGAUGUCCACUUACAGGCCGUAUUACAGAACGUGA